UAUUUUAAUUUAACAAGUUUACUUGGAUAAUAUUUAAUUUAAUUCGUUUUAAUUAUUUAAAUUACCAAAGAAAAUGAAUUCCAAUUAACCAAUAGAUGGAGCUACAAUUUUCUUCCUGAUUGAGACCAAGAUUUUUGUUCAGUUUAAUUUGGUUUGGUGUCCGAAUAAUCCAUUUAAUCAGUUCACUUUGCUAGUGGAUUUGGUUGGAGUCUCUUUUGGUUUUCUUUUCUUUUUAGUGCUUGUUUACUUCGGUCACAUUUUCUCUUCAGUGUCUUUCAGUUUUUCUAUUUUUUUUCUGUCUCUCUCUCUCUCUCUUACUUUGGUUUCUCUUUUUUUGUCUCUCUCUCUCUUUCUAUCUUUUUCGUCAUUUCAUUAGAAAAACAGAAAAAUAAUCUAAUUUGCUGACUAUGAAUCGAUCGGAAAGUAAAAAAUCUAAAUCUAAAGUGGCCAAGACAGAAUCAAGUGGAGGAAAGAAACGUAAAAGUAGUGAUCAUCAUCACUCAUCAUCUUCUGUAAAGAAAGAAAAGAAAAAGUCUCACCAUCAUCAUCAUCAUUCUUCGUCUUCACCACCACCACCAUCAUCAUCGUCAUCAUCAUCAUCACCUUUAUCUAAGCCUUCAACACCCUCGAAACCUUCUCCAAGCUCUCAUCUUCUCUCAUCUCUAUCAACAUUAAUACCUCCACCACAAUUACCUUCUUCAUCUUCAUCUUCCUCAUCUUCCUCUAGAUCUUCUUACUCUUCUUCACCUUCAUCAUCAACCAUCUCAACUGCUUAUAACAAUAAUGUCCAAUUCAAUAAUUUCGCUAAACCCAAAUCUGAACCGAUUGGUUUUGGUUCAAAGGUAAUGACACGAUCCAAGGUUUACUCUGGGACAGUUCGUAAUGCAACUUAUGAUGAAAUCCCGACUCUGGAAAAAUUAUGCCUUCAAGUUUUAAUGGACAAUUAUACUAAUAUAACUCAUCUGGGUGACGCUCCAUAUUGGCUAAUUAAACCGGUAUUAGAAAAAUGUAGCUCCAAUCAAUUAUUCAUAUUGGAAGAUUAUAAUCCACGAUUAACCGAAGAUGAUGAUGAACUUUGGAAAUGGCAUUGUGAGAAAGAAUUUCGAGAUUGGAAAAGACAAGAAGAUGAAACCUGGAGAGAUCUAUUUGUCCGAGCCGAACAAGAGAGAAAACGUAAAUUAGAACAGAUCACCCGAAGUAUCGAUCUAAAAGAAAAGGCCCGUGGACCAAUGCGAAAAACUCAAUUAGCCUUCACCGAUCCUAAACCACCAAGAAAUGUAAAAAGAAUUAUGGACAAAAAGGACAAGGGAUUCGUUAAAGCGACAGCCCCACCAAGUGUAUCUUCUAAUGCAGCGGGUUCCGCUUCGACUAUUACUCCUGCCAAGAAGACCAAAGGUGCACUAAUGAAAAACGCCUUAAAAAUGAUGCAAACUAUACGACGACAAUAUUAGGCAAUCCAAAUGUACACACCGAAACGGCAAAGGAAAAACAAACACUUCUAUUUAAUUGGUUUUCUUUUGUGUAUAUUACAAUCAACAACAACUCAAUCAAAAAGCAAAAUCACCGAUUAGAACAAAGAACCGAAAAAAACUUUAACCUAACAAACGAUCAAAGCUCAACAAUUGAAUUACAAGUUUCUAAUCCGAUUGAUCUUUUAUUGAUAAUCUACAAUUUAACUUUGGAAGAAAUGAAAACAAUAACAAACAGAAAACCUUCCAGAUCAGUUUAAUCAACACAAUCAACCCAAAUUUUCAAGUUCCAUGCUGAAACCUGUACCAUCGUAUUGUAAUUUUGUGCUUCAAAAGUAAAUCACCCAAACAAGAUUAACAAUUGGAUUAACCAGAGAGACUCAUGGACACAUUUAAUUGGACAUCGUGAUAUCUUAAUUAUCUAAUUUAAUUUGAUGGAGAUUCUUUUUUUUCCCUACUAUUUCCUAUUCCUUUUUUUUUCCUCUACUGCCUCUGUCCAUUUAAUUUCCUCAUGAAAAAUUAUGUUUCAACAAUUAGACUUUAAUUAAACAAAAUGUAUUUAACUUUCA